CCGCCGCGGGAAGAGCGAGGCCAGGCCGCGGCCACCCCUCCCCGCUCGCCCAACGCGUGCGCUGCCGGCAUGAACCUGGUGAUGAUUGCGGUCUACAUUCCUAGCCCGCGCCCGCCGCCGCCUAUAACUAGGCCUCCCCGCGUUCCCCGCGGCCGCGACGGCCCCACACCCCACCGCCAAAGAAGUAGGCAAGUAGCAGCAGCAGCCGCCGCGGCGCGAGCACGCAAGCAGGGGACCUGCCGCCAGGCUCCAGGGAACCGCCGCCGCGGAGCUGGAUCGUGCGGGGCUCGAGUGUCAGACCUAGGCUUCACUGCACAAUCUGAUUGUGUCAUAUUCGUUUGGCUUUCUCUUCUCAUGGAUAUUGACGAACCAAGUACUUCGAAGCCUGCAGAUAUGAGAUCCAGAGGACCCCAUAAACAUUGGUGUAAAGUCUGCACUAGGAACUUCCGUUCAGGGAAGGCUCUUGGAGGCCACAUGACAUGCCACCGGCUUGCGGUCGUGCAGCCAAGGAGCACACCCAGCCCUCCUGUCAUUGUUGAUCUUCCUGUGUCGCUGCUGGAUUCCAGUGAUGUGAAGCCUUUGCAGACAUCUUUGGAAACUAAAUGCCUGCACUGCUCAAAGGAGUUCUCUACCUGCCAAUCUCUGAGGGGGAACAUGCAGAUGCACAGUGCGAAGAAGGUGAUGACCAAACCCGAUGAAGAACCAGCUGAGCUUAUGGGAGCUUCAGCCAAUGUUAAUGGCUAUCAUGGGCACAAUGUGAUGCUAUUUUCUCCAGUGAAGCGUAAGCGAUCAAAGAGGGGCAUGCCAGUGCUCGACUCAGAGGAAAUGUGUGCUGCAGCUACUCUCCUGAUGCUUGCAGAGUAUUCUGACAAGAUUUCUGCUUCUGAGAAUUGCUGUAGGGGAGACAACAAUGACAACAUUUCAACACCCAAUUUGUUGAAGGAGGUGAAUCUAAAUGCUUUUGAUCAGCUGUCUCAACCGGAUGAGUUCCUGAAUAACACGAGGCCCAAGUCUGUCAAGAAUGCAUCUUAUGAGGGUUUCUAUGAUUUCUCUGAGAAGGAAAACAAUUUGAAUUUAGCUGCUGAUGUUCCCAAAAAGAUGUUGCUGCUGAAUGUAUUUGAUGAUGGACUGGUGGAUGGAGAUGCUGAAUUCAUGAAGCCAGGGGCUGACAUUUCAGUUGACGAGGUGAAGUUUGGUAGCCUUUCAGCUGCAGUGAACGUCAAGAGGUACCAGUGCAAAGUCUGCAGAAAGUUAUUAAGUUCAGGGUACACAUUGGGUUGCCACAUGAGGUUACACUGUGAGAAGGAAAACAGUUUGAAUUUGGUUCCCAAGAAGCCUGCGCAGCUGAACGUGUUUGAUCAUGGGCUGGAUGUAGAUGCUGAAUUCAUGAAGCCAGGGGUCAACAAUUCCAUUGAAGACUUGAAGUCUGGUGACCUUUCAGCUGCCGUGAACAUCAAGAGUUACCAAUGCAAGGUCUGUGGAAAGUUAUUAAGGUCAGGGCGAGCAUUGGGAGGCCACAUGACGAUACACUUACACUGUGAGCAGAAUACUUUGAAAUUGGUUGCUGAUGUUCCCAAGAUUGAGGUGCUUCCGAAUGUGUUUGAUCAUGGGCUGGAUGCAGGUGCUGAGUUCAUGAAGCCAGGGGCUGAUAUUUCAGUUGAGAAGUUGCAGUCCGAUGAUCUUUCAGCUGCAGUUAACAUCAAGAGACACGAGUGCAAGGUCUGUGGAAAGUUAUUAAGGUCAGGGCGAGCAUUGGGAGGCCACAUGACACUAUACUCACACUGUGGGCGGAAUACUUUGAAUUUGGUUGCUGAUGUUCCCAAGAUGGAGGUGAUUCCGAAUGUGUUUGAUCAUGGGCUGGAUGCAGGUGCUGAAUUCAUGAAGCCAGGGGCUGAUAUUUCAGUUGAGCAGUUGCAGUCCGGUGUUCUUUCAGCUGCAGUUAACAUCAAGAGACACCAGUGCCAGGUCUGUGGAAAGUUAUUAAGGUCAGGGCACGCUUUGGGAGGACACAUGAGGUCACACUAUGGCCGGAAGUGCAAUCUUGACCAAGGGGUUGCUGAUUGUCCUAAUUCGGAAGAGCAAAUGCAGAAGCUUGGAUUGGACUCGCCCAUCUUUUAUCGGCGUAGACCACGUUCACAUGGGAGCGAAAUCUGAUUCUGAGCCAUAGUUUGUGGCGAGCAGCCUUCAGCAGGCUGUGGCCAAAGCUGGGUUCAACAUGUCUGAAACUGAUACUGAUUAAGUUGUCCAUAGGCUCAUUAGUAGUCAGGAACUUAAAGAACUCCAUUUCAUCUGCUGGAUUCUGUAGAUAGUUACGAGAUUUUGAGACUGGCACUUUCUUGAUCAAGAAAAAUUGCCUGAUAGGGAAGGGCAAGGAUCUUAAGUCACUGCUCGGUUUGUGAAACAGUGUCGAAGUAUGUGCAGUAGCUUACUAGCAUGCAGUGUAAAUGUGUAAUGCAAUGCAUGAGCUUGUAGCAGGACUGAAGCUCCCCCAGACAGUUUUGCUUGGCUGUACACUGAUAUUCUUCUCUGUACAAACCUAUACAUGCAUAUUCUUGAAAUAACAGUUCAAUAAAGAGACGCGGAUCAGAAUUUGUGCAAUCCUCAUGUCAUUUAUUCAGUUGCCUUUUGGAUGUAGUGUCAAGCCAACUUUCAGUGCUUGCGGAGGGUUAUGCUUGUGUUUGGCUCUGCCAUUUUGGCUGAUUGACACUCUGCUUCCAGUUCCUGAUGCUGUUCAUGUCGCCCGGGUUGUGAACUGCGAAGUUUGAAUCUGAUGAUUCUGAUUAAUGGAGUGCCGGCGAGCAACCUGCAGUGGGUGUUUUCUGUCAGUCUGAGACCACGAUCGGAUGUCACUUCUUGGCAGCAGAACAAUGCAGCAGUCUUGCUCCUUUGCGCUCACUCGUUGCAAAUUAGUGCUGGCCAUCCGAUGAGGGCACGUGGCUCGAUCUCGGCCGCACGGGUCCUCCCCCGUUUGCCUCCGCGGCUCCGCCAACCGCCUCGUCCCUCCCUUGCUCUCCCCUCGCAAACCCCCCGCACCGCCGCGGCAAGAGCGAGCCGGCCACCCCUCCCUCCCUCCCGCUCCCCGAGAGACCCCAACCCGUACGCCGGCAUGAACCCGGUGAUGAUUGCGGUCUACAUUUCUAUCCCGCCGCCGCCUAUAAGUAGGCCUCCCCGUGUUCCCCGCGGCUGCACCCAGCAGACCAUAACCUACACCACCAAGCAAGUAGCAAUUUCGAGAGCAAGAAAGGGCAGGGCGAGAGGCCGGCGCGCGGAGCCCCGUCGCCGAGCGCCAAGAAACCGUCGGGCUCCGCCGCGGAGCUCGAUAGGGUGGGAAUCGAGCGAUCGUCGAUAGAGCCCUCGCGGCCUCUCCUCUCGGCCCACCCUGAGCGCGUCUCGCCUGGCCCGAUUUGCUCUAUCUGCUCUCGACGAAAGCGAACACACGACUGCAAAGCUUCCUGCGCGCAGCCUCGUCUUCUCUCCCGGUUGGCUCCCAGCGAUCCUCACGAACAACGGGCUUCAAAACUUCCAUGUACAAAUCCGACGCCCGAUUCGAACUUCCAUGUACAAAUCCGACGCCCGAUUCGCAGAACUGCAGCCGGUAGAGCAAGUCGGUGGUUGGUGUCUGGCUGCUCAUGUACCAAUUAGCAUCUGAGUUUGCUGUUUAAACUCCGAAUCCUUGCUAACUUACAUUGAAGUCAGAUAAGCAAUCUGCAUUCAUAUUUUAGAAAUUGUUGUCAGUUUUAGUUGUGUGGUUGCUGCCUUCCUGAAGCAACUAUUGCAUUGUAAUUAUCCUCAUGUCUCUCUGCAUAAACUGGUGUUUUGUUCUGUUCUUCUAGGUACAUGUUCAUGUUGAUAAAAUUCUGAAAUUUCGUGCA